AUGCCUCACGUUCGAAUCAAUGGAGGCGUUGCAGCAUUGCCGCACGACACAGCAGCGUCCAAGGCACCGCGACGUGCUAGUGCUGCCCUUGCUCUUCCACCUGACCACAGCCUUCUACUUGGCUACGAUACAAAAGUACUCACUUGGAAUGCCACACAUACACUGAAUGAACAGCACAAGUAUUGCUACUGUGGUGCCGACCGCAACUUGCUCGAUGUUGACGUCUCUUGCUGGAAGUGCAAAAAUUACUUCCACGGUCGCUGCAUUCGUCUCAAUAUGGGACCUGUUGUCCCCUUCCUUACGAACUAUCAUUUUACCUGCAAGCACUGCCAUCCAGAAGGGCAAGAGGAGUUCAAACGCAUGACUGCUUCUUGGAAAUCGGUCGCUGCGACAACUAUUGCGAAUCUUUUGCUCAUGCGUAUUCGAGCGUCAAAUCCGACCUGGAAGAAGGAAGACUAUGCUGCUGCGCAUGUGGACACACUGAGUCGAGCUGAAGGCUGGUUCUUGCGAAAGACAGACAUGGUUCCGUUCUUGACGGUGCCUCGACAUUGGGCUGCGAUUUGCAGUGAUCGUACGAUUGAUUCGAAUUGGCAAUCCCCGCUGGGUGUUGCAUUGAGCGGUACAAAAGAACUCUUCAAGUGUUUUGAUGAGGAGAAUCGAUCAGCGAAUGCGCAUUACACCUUGCUUGACUGCAAUUUGUUUUUGUUUCGAGCGAACUAUGUCAACAUGAUACCAAAAGUGCCUGGUCAGCCCAAAAAGCGCAAGGCAGAGGUCUUGGAGGGUAAGGCCGCAGCCACUGCGCCGCGCAAAGAUGCCAUUUCAGCGAAUGGUGUAAGUCCACAGGAAGCUGUGCCGCGUGGUGCUGCCGGCUUACAGCUCACUGCCGCGAUGCGCUUCCGACCACCACCGUACAAGCCAGGAGACUUGACGGCUCCAUUGCGUCUACCAACACGCGUCCCUGUUGAGCAUGCUGGUGAUGAGACAUUUUACGCAAUGGGCGAUCUACCCUUCAAUAAACGCGGCUUCCGUUAUACGACCUGUGAAGCUGCCCCGGAGUUGCCUAGCGUCAUGUAUCGCAGCCUUGAGCUACCGCCACAUGCAGCACGCAUUGAUUGGUCUGAUAUGUCACAGUACGUGUAUCUCUCGCAUGAUGCGCUUUCUGCAACAACAGACAAGGGUUUUCGAACAGCGCGAGCAAAUGUCGGCGUGCGUGAAGGGUCUUGGUAUUGGGAAAUCAAAGUCUUGUGUGGUAAUGGUGAUCGUGGCGGGCAUGUCCGUUUGGGUGUCGCUCGACGUGAAGCAACACUCGAUGCACCGAUUGGAUUUGAUGGGUAUGGCUAUGGACUGCGAGAUCGAGGUGGCGAGAAAAUGCAUCUUUCGAGACCUCGCGCAUUCAUGGAAGAGUCGUUUGGGACGGGUGAUGUGAUUGGCUUCCAUUUGCAACUACCAAAAGUACCGACAUGUGCCGGUGGUGUGGCGGGACUCGUGUCUCGUGAGCGUAUUCCAAUCAGAUAUCGUGGACAGCUCUAUUUCGAGCAGUUGGAGUAUGUUGGGACAAGGGAGAUGGAAGACCGUCUGAAUCCUGCUACUGCUGCAGCUGCUGCGUCGACUGCGAAAGAAGCAACAACAAAGCCUCUACCAGUGCCUGGUACAUUGCAAGACCCACAAGCGACCUUGAAGGGCAGCUCUAUCGUCGUUUAUAGAAAUGGCAAGCGCAUGGGUAUCGCGUUCAAGGAUCUCCUCAACUUCUUACCACCCUUCUCGCAAACGAGAACUGCACUUGCCGCUGCUGAUGACGGCACCUUGGGCUACUACCCUGCCGUCUCCGUCUUUUCCGGUGGCGCUGCACAAUUCAACUUUGGACCUGACUUUACCUUUCCACCAACAACUGUUAAACAGUGUCGGCCACUGUCUGAGCGGUAUGCAGAGCAAAUUGCUGAGGACAUUGUAUGGGAUCUGAUGGAUGAGGUGGAUUUUGCAUUGCAGGACGAAGCUCUGGGUCAUCAUGCUGAAAGUGUCGCGCCGGCGCAUAGCACUGGCUUGCUGGCUGAACGCGAUGCGAUCGCCACGCCAGGUCCAGAAAUGGGCACCAAAGCGAAGCAAGAAGUCAAGGGUUGA